AUUCGGCGUUUUUCGAUUAUCAUCUCUCUUUAUAUUCGUGUGUUUUUGGCGCAAUUUAUUGUUUUUCCUUUUUCUCUCCGCCUAUCAUCGUGACGCCGUCCUGCGACCCGCGUCAGCGUCACACUAUUUCCGCACCGAAAGUGCGCGUUGUACACGUCGCGGUCUUAAGUUAAAUCUUGUGCUCAUCGUUCGUAUCUCCGCGACGAAACGCUCACUAUUUCAACUACAACAACUGGUAAAGGAAAGACUACUGCGAUUAUUUGCGUGUUAGCAUCCACCUGCGGCGAUAAUGGGAGACAAGGAAGGUGAUACGUUUGACGAGGCGGUCGAGGAGCGUGUCAUCAACGAAGAAUACAAGAUAUGGAAGAAGAACACGCCGUUCUUGUACGACUUGGUCAUGACUCACGCACUUGAGUGGCCGUCGCUCACCGCUCAGUGGCUCCCAGACGUUACUCGUCCGGAAGGUAAAGAGUAUUCUAUACACCGUUUAAUACUUGGUACUCAUACUUCAGAUGAACAAAAUCAUCUAUUAAUUGCUAGUGUUCAGUUACCUAAUGAAGAUGCUCAAUUUGAUUCUUCGCAUUAUGAUGGAGAAAAACAAGAAUAUGGUGGAUUUGGUUCUGUAAGUGGUAAAAUUGAAAUUGAAAUUAAAAUCAACCAUGAAGGUGAAGUAAACCGUGCUCGUUACAUGCCUCAAAAUCCAUGUGUGAUUGCUACCAAAACACCAUCAAGUGAUGUAUUAGUAUUUGAUUAUACCAAACAUCCAUCCAAACCUGAUCCAAACGGAGAAUGCCAACCAGAUCUAAGAUUACGAGGUCAUCAAAAAGAAGGAUAUGGUUUAUCAUGGAAUCCCAAUUUGAACGGAUAUUUGUUAAGUGCAUCUGAUGAUCACACCAUAUGUCUAUGGGAUAUUAAUGCCACUCCCAAAGAACAUAGAGUUGUUGAGGCUAAAACUAUUUUUACUGGACAUACUGCUGUUGUUGAAGAUGUCGCUUGGCAUUUAUUACAUGAAUCAUUGUUUGGUUCUGUUGCUGAUGAUCAAAAACUUAUGAUUUGGGAUACACGUGCCAACAAUACAAGCAAGCCAUCACAUACUGUUGAUGCUCACACUGCUGAAGUUAAUUGUUUAUCAUUUAAUCCAUAUUCAGAAUUCAUUUUAGCUACAGGAAGUGCUGAUAAAACUGUAGCCUUAUGGGAUUUAAGAAAUCUCAAAUUGAAGUUGCAUUCCUUUGAAUCACAUAAGGAUGAAAUAUUCCAAGUACAAUGGUCACCACAUAAUGAGACUAUAUUAGCAUCUAGUGGUACAGAUAGACGUUUACAUGUUUGGGAUUUGAGUAAAAUAGGCGAAGAACAGUCUCCAGAAGAUGCUGAUGACGGCCCUCCUGAACUUUUGUUCAUCCAUGGUGGCCAUACAGCAAAAAUAUCAGACUUCUCUUGGAAUCCCAAUGAACCAUGGGUUAUAUGUUCAGUUUCUGAGGACAAUAUUAUGCAGGUGUGGCAAAUGGCUGAAAAUAUUUAUAAUGAUGAAGAACCAGACGCUAGCAGUCCUGAAGUAGAUGCACCUGUUCCUUAAACUUUGUACAUGAGUAAUUAAUUUUAUCAACAUUACUUUAAGCGUAACAUAUAAUGGUCUUUUUUUUAAAUUAUUCAAUAUGCUAUCUGAAAUGUACAUACUAAGCACUGAGUAUAUUCAAUUCUAUUCACAUUGUCCUCGUAAUUUGUACAAUAUAUUAUGUUUUAUAAUAUUGUGCAUAGAUAAUAUAUUCUGAAUAAUUGUACCAUUUAUAACAAUCCAUUGAUUUUUAAUGAAUUUAGGUAAUUAUUAUCUUUUUUUA